AUGAGCAGCACCACUGUGGCGCCAGCGUUUGCCAAGAGCCUGCUCCGGCUAACAGCUAACAAUGUGGCCUGUGGAGGGCCAGUGGGCAGGAAAUUGAGCUCCAUCUGUUGUGCGAGGGGCCUGUCUGUUCCGGCGGCUGGCGAUGUGACGGUAGCCGGGGGCGACGGGAGCGGCUCGCGGGUCGACCUCCGCCACCACAGCCACCUCUCGCCACGGCGCGUCCCUGAUCUCCUUGACACGGCAGUGCAGGCCUGA